CCGGGGGGUGCUUCCGUAUCCGGUCGGACCAUGUUAGUUUGAGCAGCAGAAUAAUAAAAAUAAUUCUACACUACUACGGAUAAAACCAGAGUUAAAAUAUUGCUGAUCAUUUCUCACACAAUAUCUCUCUAAAAAAUAAUAAUAAUAACAUACGUUUCUUGUGAAAACAGAAAGACUUCAGGUGGAGAGGAUAAAACGUGUGAGGUUAAACUCUACCGCUGGGUGACGGUGCUACUCGUGUCUGUCUACUAAACAGCUGUCAACACAACUCAUGUCUCCAGAGUUGACUUGUUGUUGACCACCGAAAGCAAACUGGAAGGUCUCACUGAAGUGUGGCAGCCCAGACAGGGGUUGGCCACGCCCCCAGAGGGAGGGGCUAAGACCAAUGUAGACAAACUAAAGGACCGAUUGGUCCUGUUCUCCGCUAACUCCUCACCCUCUUGUAUGGAGCUGGCCAAUAGGAUCGCAGAGAGACUGGGAGUAGAGCUGGGCAAGACUGAAGUCUACCAGGAUUCUAAUGGAGAAACGCGUAUCCAGAUCCAGGAGUCGGUCAGAGGGAAAGACGUCUACAUCAUCCAGACCAUCUCACCGGAUGUGAACCGGUGCCUGAUGGAGCUGUGUGUGAUGGCGUAUGGGUGUGUGACGGCGUGUGCGAGGAGUGUGUGUGGCGUGCUGCCGUACCUACCCUACAGUAAACAGUGUAAGAUGAGGAAACGGGGAUCCAUCGUCUGUAAGCUGAUCGCCUCUCUGAUGUGCAGGGCAGGUCUGACCCAUCUCAUCACUGUGGAUCUUCAUCAGAAGGAGAUUCAGGGCUUCUUCAACAUCCCAGUAGACAACCUGAGAGCUUCUCCCUUCCUACUGCAGUACAUACAGGAGGAGAUUCCAGACUACCAUAAUGCCGUUAUCGUGGCCAAAUCACCGUCCUCCGCUAAGAGGGCCCAGUCCCUCGCCGAGAGGUUGCGUGUGUCUAUUGCUGUGAUCCACGGAGAUGCAGAGACGGACCUGCUGGACGGACGGCACUCUCCUCCGACAGUCAGAACCACCGGAGGUCUACCUGAACUACCCUGUGGUGGUAACCAACACGAUUCCCCACUCGUCCCAGAAGCUCCAGUGCUGUAAGAUAAAGACGGUUGAUGUUUCUCUGAUCCUGUCUGAAGCUGUACGGAGGAUCCACUGUGGAGAGUCAAUGUCUUGUCUGUUCCACAACAUAGGAGCUGACGACUGAUACACACCAUACACAGACUACACACACACACACACACACACAUACACAUAUGAACGUUUAUUUUCUGCCAAAAUAAACAAUUAAUUGCCA